AUGAAGUAUCUCGCAUUCGUAACCCUGGUCCUUGGUUGCGGCUUCGCGCACGCCGCAUGCCCACCAGCUAUCAACACUGCGACGACCAACCUAAUCAAGUCGUCCGAGGGCUUCGUGCCCAGUCCCGCGCCAGACCCCAUCGGCCUGCCCACCGUCGGGUACGGGCACCUGUGCCAGACCUCGAGCUGCAGCGAGGCGGGCCCGUUCCCGCUCACCGAGGCCCGCGCGACGACGCUGCUCCUCGCCGACAGCCGCACCGCAACGAGCUGCCUGAACACCGCCAUCAGCAGCAGUGUCCGCCUCAACGAUAAUCAGUUCGGUGCACUGACAUCUUGGACGUUCAACGUCGGGUGCGCGAAUAUGCGGUCGUCGACGCUGGUGAGCCGGUUGAAUGCGGGGGAGACGCCCAAUACGGUUGCUGCCCAGGAGCUGCCGCGGUGGAAUUUGGCUGGUGGGGUAGUACAGCCGGGCCUGGUCACUCGAAGAGCCAACGAAGUCAAGCUCUUCCAGACGGCUUCGAGCGUCGUAGCACACCCGUGCUAG